CCGGCCGUUUUCGCCGGCGCCGCGCCCGGAAGCUGUGCAUCGUGCGCCCGGACCGCGUGAAAGUCCACGCCGUCCGGUGCACGGUCCGCUUCGGCCGGUAUGCAGCCCACGUUGAUGCACCAGCCCUCGGCGAACUUGACGAUUCUCACCAACGAGGAUUCGCAGAAGAACACGAGCAUCUAUCGUAAGGAGUCCUUAGCCUUGGAUGAUUUGCUCAGCGAGAGGGAAGAUCCUGCGAUGGAACUCUUGGGACGUUUGUCCGAGCUCUUUAAGAAGCAGGAGGUGCAGAUCCAAACCUUGAACGAUGAAGUGCAGCGCUUACAGGGGCGGAUCCGGCGCAUCAGCUUGGAGAACGCCGACCUCAAGAGCAAUCCGACCACACCACAGGCGUAUAAACCUGAGGAGUUGCCCGAAAACUUCUUACAGCUGAAGAUCAUGCGGGGCCCUUCUCGGGGCCCACCCGAGCACGAAGACGAGGUGCCCGACGAGCACACGGAGCAGUCCCGAGAGAUGCCACCCUCCAGCAACGAUGCAGGGCAGCUGUGCGCGCUGCCCGAGAACUUCUGGGAGGAUGAUGAGGAGGAGGAGGAGGAGGUCUUAAAACCACGCAGGAGGGUAGAGGUGCUACCCAGGUGGCAAGAACGAGUGUCCUGGGAAAACACUCGGAUCAACCCCGCUCCUCCAUCCAACUCGAAUUUCGAUGGGGAUCGAAGGCUGGAAAGCGACGACAAGCACACUUUAGCGAGGCAAGGAUGCCAGCGCUUCAUCCUGUUGCCCUCGGACCCCAAGCGUAUGGCCUGGGACUUGACAGGCAUGGUGCUCCUAGUCUAUGACAUGAUUGCCAUCCCCAUCUCCGCCUUCGAGCCGGAUGACACGGUGUUCAGCGACUUCAUGGGAUGGUUGACGCAGAUCUUCUGGACCUUUGAUAUCAUCAUGUCGCUGCUCACGGGCUACGUGAACAAAGGGCAACUGGUGAUGUCGCCCUAUCAGAUCUUCAUCAACUACCUGAAGACAUGGUUUUUGCUCGAUUUGGUCGUCGUCGGGCCCGAUUGGGUGAUCACCUUCAUCCAACUCUCAGCACAUGGAGAUGAAGGAGGCAGCGCCGGCAGCGUGGGCCGCUUGGUGCGGACCAUUCGCGUGGUCCGAACCGUGCGGCUCCUCCGCCUCGUGAAGUUGAAGCGAGUCAUCGACAUGCUCAAAGACCGUAUCACAUCUGAGGUCGUGUUCAUUCUUCUGAACAUCCUGAAGCUCAUCAUCUUGCUUUUGCUGGUGAAUCACUUUGUGGCGUCCCUGUGGUAUUUGAUGGGAGGCUUGGCCAAUGCAGGCACCCCCAACUGGAGGGAUGCCUAUGGGAUGCAGCCUGGCACACAACCCUUGAGCUAUCGCUACGCCACUGCCUUGCACUGGAGCUUGACCCAGUUCACUCCCGCCACAGUCGAUGUUCACCCGCAGAACAUGGUGGAACGCACCUUCGCCAUCCUAGUGCUCAUCUUUGGACUGGUGCUCUUCUCGUCCUUCGUGAGUUCCAUUACUGCUUCUAUGACCCAGCUGCGGAACAUGCAGGAAGACAAGUCCAAGCAGUUUUGGUUGCUGAGGCGAUACUUGCUGCAGAAGAAGGUGCCGCAGGACUUGACCUUCAAGGUGCUCCGCUACACCGAGUAUGCCACCAGCCGUUCGGGCGAAGCGAUUCCAGAGCACCGCAUCACCAUCCUCAGUCUUUUGACGAAGCAGCUGCAGAGUGAGCUCCGCUUCGUGACCCACUUCGGAUGUGUGAAGCUUCAUGGUUUCUUCAAGCUCGUUUGCACCAUGAACGAGUCCUUGCUGCACAUGAUGUCCACGGGAAAGGCCUUGGUCUCCAAAGCCUUGGCAUCGCAGGAUCCACUCUUCGAGUUGGUCGAUCCCGCCCUUUGCAUGUACUUUGUGGAUCAGGGGCAGGUUCAGUACUGCCAGGGGCAGUCAGCUUUGGGAUUGGGUGGUGGCCUGAGCACUUGGGCCCCGAGCAACUUUGACUCAGAAGGCUUAUUGCCUCCAGACCCUGAGACGGUCCAACCGGUCACGCCCACCGAAAGCGGCAUUGCCAUUGGCAAGGGUGGACACUUGUGUGAAAUCGUCUUGUGGGCGCAGUGGCGCCACGUGGGCUCGGCGCGCGCCAUCCACGAGUCCAAUAUCGUGCAGGUCAUCGCCAAGGGCUUUGCGGAGUGCAUUCGGAGGGAUCCUGCAGUGGACUCGGUCGCAGCGAUGUAUGCACGGAUGUUUGUGCAGCUGGCCAAUGAUCGGGAGCGAAUUCCAGAGGAUUGGCAGGAGAUUUGCAAUGACGAGAUGACUGCACUGACCGAUUCCUUGAGCGAGUACAGCCCAGACUCUGAGACCCCGAAGAACCUCAUGUCUCGCAUCAUGGCCUUGACAAAGCCGAAGGCCCGUAGCUUCUAAAAGAGCGAAUUCUGUUGAUCCGCUGGCCCCAAGAAUGGCUUUCGAGAUAGCCUCGAUGGCCUCUUGCCUCAAAAAAAACUUUCAAUGCCAACAUCCAGACCCGCAAGAC